CUCUUACUUCAACCAAAUGGACUUCACCAUUAUCUUCUCCUCCUCCUCCUUGGAGUCCUUCUCUUUCAACUGGUCAGCAUUCCUUCAUCUCUUCAGUAGCUUCUCCUUACCCUUUGGAAACUUCUUUGACCACGCCUUCUUUGUUCUCCGAUUACCCAGAUAUUGCCUCCGUCCCAAUGUUGCCAGAAGUCUCUAAAGAACCAGUUUUUCGUGAACAAAGAAGUAUGUCUUAUUCUAUUGAAGGUGAUAAUAGAGAAACUUUAGAUCCUUGGCAUUAUCAACAACAACAACAACAUUAUAUCAAUAAACACAACAAACCUACUUCUUUAUAUACUAUGCCUGAAGAAACUAUGGAUACUAUCCCACCAUCAUCUCCAUUUGGUACACCUUUUUUCAAUAAUCCUCACUAUCAAGAUGAUACUGAUGAAGAUUCAAUGUUGGCUGCUUUUCAUCGUACAAGAUCAAAAUCUUCUGCUCCUGCUUUUGAUAUUUGGUAUCCAUCUUCUACUUCUUCUGAAUCAACUACUCGCUGGCUUCAUCAACCUACCAAUUCUCAUCAACAUGCACCCGCUCCUUUAUAUACACCUUUUUUAUCAUCAAUGGAUCGUGAACGAUUAGGUCCUCCUCGACGAUUCUCAGUACAACCUUCUCUUGAACAGCCUCCUAUCCCAGUGAAAGAUAGUACCAGUGAUAGUUUGAUUGCUUUUUCAAGACGUCAUUCCGUGGCUGGUCCAACUUUUCAACAGGAUGAAUCUGCAUAUGUUAUGUCUAGUUUGGAAAAUUCGAUCGAUGAACUUACAAACCCACAAACUGUACCACCGACAUCCACUUUAGCAUCUCCAACAAGGACAAUACCUUCAACAACUGCGACAACAACCACAACAUCAAGUACACCAGCAAUACCAAUAACCACAACUACAGCGGCUACGACAGCAGCAAAAACAACUGUUGCACCAGUAGUACCAAUGUCUUCAUCAACAACAUCAACCACCAACUCGAAAGGGUUAUAUGCAAAAGUAGCUGCGGCAGGAUUAUCAGAUUCUAUAGAUCAUCCUGUCACACCUUCACCUUUACCUCAACAGCCGCAGUCAAAGCAGCUACAACAUCAGAAACAGAAGCAACAAUCACAAGUGGAAUCGACAUCACCAUCUUCAUCCUCAUCAUCACUAACUACAUCUUUAUAUACCUUACCAAAAAGCGAAGACAUGGGACGCGGUGUCAAAUUGGAAUCCAUACCAAAAGAAGCUCGGUUUUAUAUGGUGGAAUUCAAGGCUGGACGGACGGAUUUAUUUUUUUCAUUAUCUGCGGUGAAAAAAGGUGAUUUUGUCAUGGUAGAAGCGGAUCGAGGACAUGAUUUAGGAAAAGUGACGACGGAAAAUAUCAAUUCUACUCAACUAUCAUCGUUUACUCAACAACAACGACAACAAGAAUCACAGGAAGAAGAUACAACGAUGGACCAACCAUCAUCAUCAUCAUCAUCGCAACAACGUAGUGACAUUCGUAUCAAACGAUUAUUCCGACUUGCACGUCCUGAAGAAAUAUCUUUACUCAUGUCGAAAAGCCAAGAUGAACUGAAAGCACUGAGCACUUGUCAAACCAAGGUGCAACAACGCAAACUCAAUAUUAGUGUCGUCAAUGCCGAAUAUCAAUGGGAUCGACGCAAAUUGACGUUUUAUUUUGUAGCCGAUCGUCGUGUGGAUUUCCGUGAAUUGGUACGUGAACUUUUCAAGCUCUAUAAGACUCGGAUUUGGAUGUAUGUACCAAAAAAAAAAAAAAAAAAAUCUACGGAAAGAACUUAUAUAUUUUUUUUUUUCAUUGGAUUUUCUGAUUCUAGGUGUGAUGUGAAUUCUGUGAAAACGACCUGACCCUCUUCAAAUUUUGCAGUCAUACCGUGCUAGUUUAGACAUAAUAUACAUUUUUAUCCUUCCCCUUCCUUUUUUUUUUUUGUUCAUCAUUUGACAUGCUUUGUUUGGAACGUCCUUUUAUAUAUAUAUAUAUAUAUCCAUCUUUUCCAUACAUACUCACACAACACAUGCACAUACUUCAUCUUGUCAUUCCCAUAAUGACUUUGGUAUAGAAUAGCAUAC